UACGGCGGGCGCCCGGUGGUCUAGGCAGGCUCGGUGCGCGCGCCUUGGAAGUUGGCGAGCGCGCUCGCUUGCGCGCGCAGCUCCUCUGAGGGGAAACUUGGGGGGGGGGGCUUCCUUCUCCGUGAGGGAAAAGUGAGGCGCCGUGUGAGGGAAGGGGCUUCUUUUGGCCUGAAAAGUGGGGCGUGAGGGGGGAGGGGUGCCUUUUUUCGACAAAAAAACCCCACCCCAAAUAUUGGCCGCUCCCGGUGAAUCCUCUAUGUGCGUGAGAGGAGGGGCUUCCCCCACCCCAAAACCGACUGAGGGCUUAUGGGGGGAGAUUGACAGGCCCCUCCUCCCUUCCACGCCCCCCGACCAAUUUUGGACCAGCCCCUCCCCCCCCCGCCGGGUGGGGGCAGUGAGCGCCUCCAUGCCCUUGGCUGGGCUGCUGGGCGGUCUCCGUGCCAGCGGCAGCCCCGCCCACCCAGCCGGCCAGCAGGUGGGGUGGGGGCGUGGGAGGGGGCGGGGGUGAGCCUUUGCACACGCAUACACACACACACGCGUGUGCCUGCGAGAUCAGCGCCCGUUUGCACGCUCGCCCCUUGCUGCAUCGCCCGAAGUGCUGCUCCUGCUGCUGCUGGCGCCCACCCGGACACCUGGGGAGGCGAUGGGGGACCACCGAGAGGCCGGCGACGUCAACUCGAACCUGCUCAUCACCUUCAGCACGGGGGACCUGCAGCUGGACAAGGCCAUCUGGCAGUGGCUGACCUGGGACAAGGUGGGUCGGGCUCUUCUUCCCAGUAGCCCCCCACGAAGCCUCCAGGAUCUGUUAAGUAGCUGCCAGAGAGAGAGGGGGGGGCGAUACUAUACAUUUCGCUCCUCGUGCAGUUAAAGGGCUUUGCCAACGCCAGAAAUAGGAGUUUGCUGCGCUGGGCACUGCUGGAAAAUCGUGCGCACGUUAACGUGCUUGAGAGGCUUGCUGGGGGGUGGGAAGGCUUCGGGGAAACUCACAUCUCCCUCCUUUGCAGCGUAGGUGAAUUUUCGGCGCUGGCAAGAAAUACACCGUUAUCGAUUGCCUUUAAUUGUGAAUGUGCGAUCGAGAUCGGUGUGCGUGUUUUCCCUUGCCACUGCCAUUUCUCCCCUCUCUCAAAAACGAAGCCCUGCUGCAUAACGUUUCGUGCAUCCAAAGACUGUAGUCUACAAAAGCUUGCGCCAUAAUAGAUUUGUUAAGUCUUUUAAGUUGCCAAAGACUCUCUGCAAACAACUAACAUGGCUACUCAUAUUUAUAUUGCGAGGGAUUCCUUAGUGUCUAGCAAACCUUUGCAUUCAUGUUCCCUUAAGAUAGGGCUCCUGGUCCAUGUAAUUAGGAAGAAGACCAUAGUUUAAAAUUGGGGUGAAGCCCCUCUCUGAGUAGGGGGCUCAUGUGGCUCUGGAAGAAAGAAAUUAAUGCAUCCCCUCACUUCAAAAAAGAUGCUUCUCCCUUAUUUCAGCACCAUGUACUGCUAUCCUUAAGCAGUAGUGCUUAAUAAACAGUGAUGCAAUGUAGAGCAGUGACUCAUCUAUGUUGUAGACAAAGGAAAGUGUUUCUGAGAGCUGGAUGUUUUGCGCUUUCCUGCUUUGAAAUUUCUCUUUUCAGUAGAGGGCAGCUCUGCUAUUUUGAUUUCAUUUUGUUUUUGCAAAGCUGUGCAAUUCUAAGACCAAGCUUAAACAACUUUCUUGGCUGGGCUGUUCUGCCGUAAGUGCCCCAUAAGUUCCUUUGACACUAUCAUUCUUGGAAAGGUAUGACAUUGCAGAAUACAAAUUAAUUUGCAAGUCACAAUUUGUGUGUUACUGUCUUAAGACACUUCCCUUUUCUCUUUCUCUCUCUCUUCUUCUUCUUCUUCUUCUUUUUUUUAAACUAGGCAGUGCUGCAAACUGUGCGGCUUUGUUUUGUUGCUUGUUUUGUUUUGCACUGUUCUGCUUCCUCCGGGAAGCUAUUUCAGUCUGGCAUCAAAUUUGCUUUUGUGCUUGGUUAUCAGUAGCGUGUAGGUCUUUUGGCCAGUUAUAGCUGAUCUGGUUCCCUGAUGUCUUACUCUUCCUCCUCCUGCUUGCUUGGUGAUGUCAUACAGAGUCUGAUUAGCGUUGUGCAGAGGGAACCUUGUGAAGUGGUCUAGGGGGUGAGAGCUGUCUGAAAGGCAACAAUCAGUAAUUUGGAAAUAGACAGGUUGUUGUUGUUGUUUUUUGAAUUCUCAGUCAUUAGGAAGGUUCUCUGUAAAAUAGCUUUUAUAUUUAGCACAAAAAUAAAACUGAAGUAUUGGAAAAGAACAUGACAUCUUGCAGGUGGACUACGGAUGUAUUUUUUCAAGGGGAAGGAGGACAUUUUGGUGUCUGCAUUUUUCAAAUAAACUCGGGAGACCAACAGUUUCUACAUUAAUGCAAAAGGGUGAUCUUGCCUUACUGCAGAUGGGACUGAUGUGCAUUAUCACACUCUAAAAUUUAGUGUAUAAUAUGUAAAAGAAGCUUAACGUGUUUUACUGCUUCCAGGUGCUCCAUAGUUAGAUCCUUAGAUGACUAUGGUUGUCUAUGGGAAUUCUAGGCAUUUAAAAAUGUGCUUCUCCAAACCUUGCAUCUCUUUGAUGUUUCAGCAUUUUAUUCCAUGCUCUUCAACAGCUUUACAUAAUUCCACAUAUUUCAGUUUUUCCACUCUUGUCACUUCCAGCAGUUAACCUGGGCUUGUGAUGUAGAUGGCAGCCUACAUGGGUCAUUGCUUCAUUUUGAGCUUAAUUGUUCCUUUGUUAAUACAAAAUCUUACAAAGAGGCAGGUGGCACCUGAGCCCCAGUAUGUGACGUCAAAAUUGUACCCAAGUACUGCAGCUCUUUUUUUCCCCUUUUUGGUAACAAUGGCCAUACAUCAAUAUUUCAUUAUCUGUGCAGCUUGCUGAUGCUGCAGAUUGGCUUGGGGCCUAUUUUUAGGAACUGUUGCCUCUGAGGUUGGAUGUAGCAAGCGGUUAAUAAUGCAUGCCACCAAUUGUAUAAGUGAGGAAAGUUAGUAAAAAAAUAAUCAUCCUGCAUUUGAAAUGUGAAGGAUACAGCGGGGGAGGGGGGGAGGCUGUAGUUCAGUGAUGGAGGAGAUGUUUUGCUUACAGAAAAUUCCAGGUUGAAUCCCUAACAUUUCCAGAUUAAAAAAGGGUCAGGUAGCAGGUGAUGUGAAAUAUCCCUGCCUGCGAUGCUGGAAGGCUGCUGCCAGUCAGAGUAGCCGUUCUGGGCUAGGUGAGUGAAUCAACCCUGGGUAAGGCAGCUUCCUGUGCUCCUAAAUGUACUUGCCUGUGUCUUGAAAUUACCUUGAGUUACAGGAGGUCAGCAAAUGGCUAGAUUUACAUCCAAUUUAAAUCGAAGUACUUUUGCUUAAUUGGAUCAAGCGGAAUAAAGGUGUAACUUUAAAGAUGUAAUCAUGGUGACCCACAUAAGCUCUGUGACAUUUAUCUUAUUCAGGCAGGAGGUGUAGACUUGCAGCAUUACAUGAUAAUAGAUAUCACAUUUGGAGAAAUGUCAGAAUACUUUUUUGCAACCUAUGGCGUCUUAUUCUAGAAACAGAUGAGCUUGUACAAAUAAAACAAGUUGUAUGUGCGUCUGUUUCUCUCUCUCUCUCUGAAUGUAUGUGAAAGCUAGGCCAUGAAAUUGGGACUUCUUAGGUAAGAUUUAAGUUUCGUUUUAGCAGAAGUGCAUGCAUAAUUCUGGCAAUUCACUACUGCUUUGUUAUCUUUGGUUUACUGAAAAACUGUCAAACAAAACCAAUAAUUCAGAAGAUAAGUUGAUAAUGGUUUUAUGAAGCUGACAGUAGAAUAUAAAUUUUAACAACAACAACAACAACAACAAUAUAUGGAGCAUUCUUGUCUCCUUUUUCUUUGGGAUUUGACUUCUAGAAAUUAGAAUCAAGCUCUGUCCAGUAUUUGGAAACCUAGAACUAUGGUGGGCAGAGUUUAUUUACAGGAGUUGUACCACAGAUAACUGACUUGAGUUGCCCAGAUGCUUGGAGCCAGCCUAGAAUCUCUGGUUUUCAGGGCCGAACUAAAAGUCACAUUAUUUAUGUUUUUAGCCCUUGAGUGUUUGGGGUUUUAAAUAUAUAAAUACAAGUGUCCCCAUCCAGACACUGUGGUGGGGACAGUGUGGUGGGGAAGGGAGACUUUAACUUUUUGCUCCUGCUAUGGUUCCAAUAGGAAUCAAGGGGUCUGGGCCUGCCAUCUGCAGUGGGAGGAGAGACUGCAAGUAGUGUUCAUGCCCCACACACGCUUACUAAACCAUCACCAAACUAGCCGCUAACGGAUUAGAAGAUGCUGAUAAAAUUGGGUCUGUUUGGGGCCUUGGUACUUGAUGUGUAGCUGGAUGCUUGUCUGCAAGACACCCACUCCCAAUGUUGGAAGAAGGGAAUACUGUAACUCUUUCUCCCGUAACAUAGUUCCUAUUGAGCACAGUGGGACUCAGUUGUGGGUGAACAUGCACAGACUUACACAAAACUAAUAUUUUUGACUUUCACCUUAAAGCGGCUAUAACAGAUUGAUUUGGCUGAAUAAGAGCUUGUAGUGUUUGGGUAUCUGGGCCUUUCUUCCAGUGAAAUAAAUAUUGCUUUCUUUUAAGAGUUAGGAAUAAGAAAAACGUGUUUUGAAGACGUGAAGAUGUUAGAACUUUAAAAUGAAUUGACAACUAAAAGAGAGAAAACAAAAUAAUAUUUUAACUAGUAGACUUAAACUGCAAUUAUAUGCACAGUUUUCAGGGAAUAAACUCCACUGGUUACAGUGGGAUGUAUUAUUUAUCUAGCAAAUUGAUUGUAUAUGAUAUUUUAUGGUGUCAUAAGCAAAAAGCAUGCAUAAUAAAUGUGCAUAGUUGAUAAGGCUGUAGGUCUUGGAAUUAGACCUGCCAUGGAUAAAUUAUUUUACAGGAUUACAUAUCUGACAGUCACCCUCAGAGUCAUUCCACUGAAAUUGAUUUAUGUGGGUCUCCUGUGAGAAUGACCCAAUUGGAUACCACAUACAGUGUAUUCAUAUUAUUAUUUGGAUAACUUGAAGUGACUUUUUACCUCCCUACUAAAGCCCAUACAAGGCCUGGUUCUUAAUGGAAACUUGUAAGGAAUGAAGUUCCUGCGUGUAUUUAUUUUGGCACAUCAGUUAACAGGCUGUAGAUUGCUUCCACGCAAGCUCUCUGAAGCCUCGCUCAAGUGAUCCUGGAUUUCAUCUUUGGCAUGUUGAUUUCUGCGCCAGGGUCUGAUCCAGGUGAGCAAGCCUCUAAAAUGUAGACGUAAUGCAACUGAAUUCACUUCACCCUCAGGCAGCUGCAUUUUGAAGAUCUUAAUUGCUGCCACAAUUCACUGGGAAUGUCAGGGGAAUUAUGAAGUAGGAAUGUAUGGCAGGGAACCUUUUUUUGCCAGAUUUUUGGUAAAUUAUUGUGUAUUGUGAGCCACUGUGGGCACAGUUUCUUGUGGAAAGCGGCAUAUAAUUAAACUGAAGCUUAAUGUACUGCGUCCAUGAAGACAGUAAAACUGCUGCUUCCUUGUAACUUCUUGCUGGCCUAGUAUUUUGUCAUAUUUAAUGAGCCAUAGUUAGGAGGAGGUGAAUAUAAUUUACAGUACAUCACAUUCUUAGGCUUAUAGGUUUAUGGAUAGUUGGGCAGGGAUGUCUGCGCUGAUAAGUCACGAACACUCUGUAACGGGGAUUAGUCCUGUAGGGCACUGGCUAUGAAUUUAGAUAAGGCAAAUAUAAAUCUAUAUACAGUGGUACCUCGGGUUAAGAACUUAAUUCAUUCCGGAGGUCUGUUCUUAACCUGAAACUGUUCUUAACCUGAGGUACCACUUUAGCUAAUGGGGCCUCCUGCCACCGUCGCUCGAUUUCUGUUCUCAUCCUGAAGCAAAGUUCUUAACCCGAGGUACUAUUUCUGGGUUAGCGGAGUCUGUAACCUGAAGCGUCUGUAACCUAAAGCGUCUGUAACCCGAGGGACCACUGUAAAGGUUUUAGGAAACAACAGUAUGAAUCACAUCAGGAUUGUCUACAGUGUAAGAGCUUAAUCCCUUGUUUUUAGCCCUGUUUUACAGCAGGGCUCUCUCUGCUUGGCUCCUAUCUCAGGCUUUUGAUUCUGCACCCACUAUGGAAACUUUUCAAAUUGUGGAAAAACACAGAUCUGCCUCAUCUUUAUCAGCUCACUCUUCUAAGUGGAACAUAGGAAGCAGCCCUAUACAGUACUCAGUCAGAUGGGGCCGUCCAUCUAGUUCCACAUUGUCUACUCUGAUUAACAGUGGCUUUUUAGGGUUUCUGGCAGGCAGGCAUCUCUCCCAACCUUACCUGAAGAUACCAGGGAUUGAACCUGGGACCUUCUGCAGGCAAAACAGAAAUGCUCUACUACUGACUACUGCCCUUUCUCAUGCUUGGAAUUUUGCACAAAUGAGAUCACUUCUCAGUUUUAAAAAUAUACAAAAAAUGUACUCUUGUGAAGCUGACCAUUUGAGAUAUGUGCGUAACUGCAGCUUGUUCUGUGGUGUUAUAAAGAAGAUACCGUAUUUUUUGCUCUAUAAGACUCACCCUUUCCAUCCUAAAAAGUAAGGGGAAAUGUGUGUGCGUCUUAUGGAGCGAAUGCAGGCUGCGCAGCUAUCCCAGAAGCCAGAACAGCAAGAGGGAUUGUUGCUUUCACUGUGCAGUGGAUGAUCCCUCUUGCUGUUCUGGCUUCUGAGAUUCAGAAUAUUUUUUUUCUUGUUUUCCUCCACCAAAAACUAGGUGCGUCUUAUAGAGCAAAAAAUACGGUACGUAAAUGUGUCUCAGAUUACACUAAACAACUUUCUUCAUUUGGUUUGCAUUGUGAAUGUCUGAUUUCUGUUGAAGAUGGUGGUGUGUAGAGCAAAGAGUUAUGCUGGAGCUUGGUGAAUCAGUAUUGUGCAUGCUCAGGUGUUGUGUGGCUGUGAAAAUAACAGCCUAGGGAUGUAAGAUCUAAUCUGACUUGCUCAGUAAAACUUCCAGCAUAGCGUGCAGGGUGCAGAAGGACUGGUUAGAGAAUAGGGAUGCAAUUUUACAGUGUGAAAAACUCUACACCAUUUUAACUGGCGGUGUGGGUUUUUCAGGAAAAAAAUGUUAUGGUAAUUUUGCAUAGAAACCCUUUCACUGGAAAAAAAUUCUUAUACUCUUGUUUAUUUUACUUGUAUUUAGUGAACAGUGCUAAAAACCUUGAACCUGCCAAGCUUUCCUAAUAGUGUCUUUGCAUUUGGCAUCCAUUCAUGGUUAAAGCUGAACUUAUUAAUGGAAAAUUUUCUGCAGAAAAAAUAAGCACUGGAAAACUCCGCAUCUUGGAAAACUUUCCGCCCACAUCACUAAUUUUCACGUAGAAAUAAUUUCCAUCUUUCAAAGAUAGACCCAUUCAGUUGAAUUAGGCUUACUUUCAUAUCUUUCAGGUCUUUCUAAGAUUAACGUGUGCUAAUUUUAUUUUGGGUAUGCAUGCUGAUUUAGAAAGUAUGGUUAUACAUAAAUGUUAUGGACAAGAUAAUAAUGGGAGUGGGAUGGGGCUUAUUGGUUUUUUUAAAUUUUAUUAUGAUGUAUUUUGUGUUCUCAUUUUGUAUUAUAAUGUUGUGAACCAUCCUGUGAUUUUUGGAUGAAGGGUGGUAUACAUAUUUAAUUCAUCAUCAUCACCACCACAUAUUUUGCUUGGCUAUUUCAGGUCAAAACCUGAAUUGCCUUGAUCUUAAGCAAUCCAACCUGUUGCUGGAUGGUGGAAGAGGCCAGAGAGCAUAUCUGCACCAUUUGUCUUGCUCUGAAAAGCAGCAUCAUGACUCGCUAGAAGGGAGGAUCAGUCCCAGCCCCUUUAUUGGUUCUUCAGCCUCCCGUCCUUUUGUCCUUGCAUUGGUUCCAGGGCUAUAGUAGGUGCUCCAGGUGGGGCUGUCCUUUGAAACAUUCUGCAUAUUUCAGCUCCUGGGUGUGGGGAGAUGGGAUCAUAUUCAGCCACACACAGUGGCAGGCAGCUGUUCUGCUUCUACCUGUUCGCCAGGUCCAGUUGCCACCCUGGGCUCCUUUGGAAUCAAGGGCAGGAUAUAAACUUAGAAUGCUAUUCAGCUAAGUUUUACUCAGACCCAUUGAAAUUAAUGGGCCUAACUUAGUCGUGUCCAUUUAACUGAGUCUACUCUGGUUAACUUCUGCCAACCUAGCAGUUCGAAAGCACGUCAAAGUGCAAGUAGAUAAAUAGGUACCGCUCCGGCGGGAAGGUAAACAGCGUUUCCGUGCACUGCUCUGGUUCGCCAGAAGCAGCUUAGUCAUGCUGGCCACAUGACCCGGAAGUUGUAUGCCAGCUCCCUCGGCCAAUAAAGCAAGAUGAGUGCCACAACCCCAGAGUUGGUCACGACUGGACCUAAUGGUCAGGGGUCCCUAUACCUUUACCUUUACUCUGAUUAAAGCUUUGCUGAAUACCUUGCUUAAUAAAUUUAAAAAAUAGUAGGAGAGGCGGUGUUGGUCUUUAAUUUUCUUUGCAUUCUGGUGCUCGCCUCCUCCUCUCUUCUUUCCAGAGGAGAGAUGACAGUAAAUCAUCAAGUUGGUUCUUGGAAAAGCAGAAGAAACCUGUUCCUUUGGCUUUCGAAAGCUUGCGCUGGUGCUGUUCCUUUGCAUGCCUAGAGGAUAUUGCAUUGUGUGUGUGCCUCUUUUACCGUUUUAUAUUUGUCAGAGUUUAAUUGUUGUAGUCUUGUGUCUGACAAAUCAGGAGAGGUGAGCUAUGAAGGGUUGUAUCAAACAACCUUGUUCAGUUGACAGGUUUCUGUCAUCGGAAUGGGGAAGGAAAUAAUUUUCAGCAAUUCCCCUCCUCCCCUUCCUAAAAUUGUCUGGAGGGUUCCAGAAUGCGGGGGGGGGGGGGGAGCAGCAGCGAGAGGGAGAAUUGCUGGAAAUUUCUUCCCUCCCUGGAAGGCAGAAUCGUUGGAUGCAACCCAAAUAGAUAAAAUAAAAAGCAUGCUUAUAAUUUGUACCUGGGGAAAAAAGCAAGUAGUUUCUAGCUACUAGUGAGCACUAUGGGAAAGUGUGUGUAGUAUGUUGUCUUUUUCUUCUCCUAAGCUGGUGGGGUGGGGUGUUUGAAGAGUUUGCUAGAGUUCCACUGUCUGAUAUGGUAGCCGUAGGAAGAAAGCGACCACUCUACACAUUUUCAAGAGCCUUUCAUUACCCAGCCUUCCCUCUCCUUGUCAUGACCUAUCAUUACAGUGGUACCUCGGGUUAAGUACUUAAUUCGUUCCGAAUGUCCGUUCUUAACCUGAAACUGUUCUUAACCUGAAGCACCACUUUAACUAAUGGGGCCUCCUGCUGCUGCUGCACCGCUGGAGCACGAUUUCUGUUCUCAUCCUGAAGCUAAGUUCUUAACCCGAGGUACUAUUUCUGGGUUAGCGGAGUCUGUAACCUGAAGCGUAUGUAACCUAAAGCGUAUGUAACCCAAGGUACCACUGUACAGAGUUGCAAGUUGAGAUGCAAAGAGUGGGUGGGGCAGGGGAGAAUAGUUAAAAUGCAGCAAUAAGACAGCUCUGAAUGUAAUGGAAUAUUGUGCCUGAAGAGCAAGCAUUUUAUAUUGCAAUAAAUAAAUAAAAUAAUAUAUUUAUGAAAAGCAAUAAAUAAAUAUUUUUUUAAAUGCGCUCUUUUUGCAGAAAGACAACUUUGUGACAUCAGUUGCAAAUGGGUUUUGCGCCCACUUAAAAUUUUCUGUUUCUUCAACAAAAAGUAGUGGACAAAUUUUGACUAAGCAAACUUCAAAUCGUCCUUGGCUAAACUCUUUACUAACCCUGCCAGCAGAUCCAGUCAAGGUUUGUAAAACAGUGCUAGUACAAGGAGUUAUACUGAGUGACUGUUACAGCUCACCUCCCGAUGCGCAGCCAUGCGUGAGUCUAGCCCUUCAUUUCCCUGCAAAAGAAAAUGCAAAAUGGCAUUUAUCAAUAAAUGCUUACCUUCCAUUGAGUGUUAUUUAGAGAUAUAAAUUUACAGGGUGGGAUUCACCUAUCAAAUCCCAUCAGCAAAAACCCUGUGCAAGGACAUAAGCUUGUGCAAUGGUGCUUUCCCUGCCCUCCUCCCCCCAUGUGCCCCCAAAACAGCAGGAGGGGGUUGGGAGAACCCCCAGAACAGUGGGGGGGGGGCUGGUGGAGAGGGGGGUCAUUCUGUCUGGCAAGCUGCAAUGCCUGCACAAACAACAUUCGUCAUAACAUCAAUUCCGCUCACAGUUUCUACCUCCUUUUCAUUUUAUUACUCAUUCUAUGAUAUUUAAUUUAUUUUUCCUAUCCUCCUGUUUUUCAAAUAGAGUUCAGAGCAAAAAUUAGACCUGGCAUUGUUUGUAGAAGAGAUAGUUGGGGACGCAAGAUUCUGCUUUUCCAGGCCACAGUGGUGAAAGGAGCAUUAAUUCCUAGAAAAUAGUAGAGUUCAACCAAGGUUAAUUUCCCACAGUCUAUGAAUCAUCCCUCUGCUUUGUUCAUUAUUUGCAAUCGCUCACAUCUUACCCUUUCGGCAAGAUUCAAUUCCCCACCCCAUUCGUGCAGAAAGAAGUAUAAUAAUAGUGGCACUACGUCUCUGCCUAACCAAUUCCGAGGCCCUCUAAUUGGUGGGGAGAGCAGCUGGCGCUGGGCCUAAGCAACAUCCUGGUCCAUUUUCAGCAGCUUCUGCCCCUUUUGUCUUGCUGAUGGAGUGGAGUGGGAUGAAGCUACAGCACUGGAGAACAGCCACCCGCAGCAGAUGCGCAAAGCAGGAGCUGCUCAGGAGUGGGCAGUCGGGGAGUGUGGUAGCAGGAAUGGCUUUGCUGCUGCCCUAUAUUCAUUGCCAUGGAGCCAGCUGCAUUUGUUAUUGAUUGAUUUAUUCUAAAAAUAAUAAAAUUCCAGCCCCUGCAUGAUGCAGCUGUAGAAUGGCAGAAUGCCUGCAACCCUGAUCAGAGCCAAGUCAUUGGCUUGAAGCCCUGCAAAAGCUGGCCGCCAGGUGCCAGUGGCAUAGAGCAUCUGUCGAUAAAUGAAUGGAAACUGUUAGAAAUAGUUUUGAAUCAGGGGAACUUGGGUUAUAAUGCUGGCAGUAGUGGGUGAGGACUAAAUGAAGUGGGUGAGGACUAAAGCAGUCAGUGCAUCUGCUCCACCACCCACCAAACGCUCAAGUGUUCCAGAAUAUGGGUGUGUAAUCUGGAUGUUGGUAAUAAUAAUAAUAAUAGUAAUAAUAAUAAUAAUAAUAAUAAUAAUAAUAAUAAUUUAUUUAUACCCGGCCCAUCUGGCUGGAUUUCCCCAGCCACUCUGGGCGACUUCCAACAAAACACUAAAAUAUAAUAACCUAUUAAACAUUAAAAGCUUCCCUAAACAGGGCUGCCUUCAGAUGUCUUCUAAAGGUUUGGUAGUUAUUUUUCUCUUUGACAUCUGGUGGGAGGGCAUUCCACAGGACGGGCGCCACUACCGAGAAGGCCCUCAGCCUGGUUCCCUGUAACUUGGCUUCUUGCAGCGAGGGAACCGCCAGAAGGCCCUCAGCGCUGGACCUCAGUGUCCGGGCAGAACGAGACGCUCCUUCACGUAUGCUGGACUGAGGCCGUUUAGGGCUUUAAAGGUCAGCACCAACACUUUGAACACUUUGAUUCUUCGUAUAGAUUUUUUAUUUUUUUGCAUUCUAUUAAACUCUUUAACUAGUGGCAGGUUGUUAUUACAGUGUGUAUUUUUGUCUUUAUAUUGUAAACCGCCUUGAUAUCUUCAGAUGAAGAAUAAUUAAAAAACAGACACGAAGAACCGUUUGUUGAUAUUCAUUUCCAUGGUGCUGCAUAGUUGCUUUGGUUUCAACAGGAAAUGAAACUUUUUUUAAAGUUUCCCUCUGUGACUCUCAGGACUUUCUUCUGUUGAACUGCUUGCAAUGCUAGAUCUGGAGACUGAAUAACAUUAAAACUGCACCAUGGGUGUUUUCCUCAUUCUGAAAUAAAUAUUAUUCAGGCUUCACAAGCUGAUUGGUGCCUUGCAGUUGCUGGACCUAGAAGCUGGCUGACCUCUUUGUGGUAAAUGUCACCGUUGCUCACUCACCCUUGAGACUUCAGAUUCCAUUGCCUUUUUUAAACCCCUGCUGAGGAGUCCUGUUUACCCUGCUCACCGUGGAGAAUGGCUUCAGAGACAUGCAUAUUGUUGAGCAACUCUAUGUUAUCAAAAGUAGUUUGGUUUUAUUAUGUAGUACAAAUUGCACUUAAGAUCAUUCCGUGCUGUCAGCCAGCCAGCUCCAAGUUCUGGCUGAAGCAUGAAAGCAAUAACUAGCAAAGGUUGCUGUGAUUACAUAUCCACUUCAGAGAGUCUGGCAGAACAAAUCUUUGCAUAUGUGCAAGGCUCCCACAAAUCACCUUGGAAUUUUCCCCUAAUCUCAGAACAGGUUUUGUCUUGUUCUUAGCAUUUAGUGAAUAUGACUGGAAUGAGUUGCUGGUGCUUCAUACGUGUGCCCUGGGGACACCUGAAUGGGAAAUAGACAUUAAGAAGGUGGGGGAACGAGAAUCGGUUAAAUGAAGAAUUACUUCUUCUUCUUCUUCUUCUUCUUCUUAUUAUAUCACACAUUUUCUCCAAAGAGCUCAAGUUGGCAUACACACUUUCCCCCCCACUGGCGAGAGCCAGUGUGGUGUAGUGGUUAAGAGCGGUAGUCUCGUAAUCUGGGGAACCGGGUUUGAGUCUCCGCUCCUCCACAUGCAGCUGCUGGGUGACCUUGGGCCAGUCACACUUCUUUGAAGUCUCUCAGCCCCACUCACCCCACAGAGUGUUUGUUGUGGGGGAGGAAGGGAAAGGAGAAUGUUAGCCGCUUUGAGACUCCUGAAGGGGAGUGAAAGGCGGGAUAUCAAAUCCAAACUCUUCUUCUUCUUCUUUAUUUCACAACAACCCUGUAAGGUAGGUUAAGCUGUAGGACAGUAACUGGCUGAAAGGCACCCAAUGGGCUUCAUUCUCAAGUGGAGAUUGAAUCCUGGUCUCCCAGGUCUGAGUCUACUCCAGCACUCUAAUCACUACUCUACACUGGCUCUUCCUCUAGUUUUUCUUCUUCUUCUCAGGUAAACUUGAAUAUAUUUUUAUGGUGCAUAACACACCUACACACUAUAGCUGACAUACUAACCUGUCGCAACACACAGUUUGGAAAGCUCUGAACUAGAUCGUCAUCCUGCACAUAACACAGGCUAGGAUGGCAAUCUUCUCAGUGGCGUCUGGAGAUGCCAGGCAUUUGGACCACGUAGUAAUUGUUGGGGGCGGGUUGCUACAGAUACUAUCGCUGCUGCUUAUUGUAUUUUAUUUGAUUCUCUGUUUUUAAUGAUAUUUUAUUGACAAGUGGCUGUUUUGUUGCCUUGUGUUCCAUACUGACUAACUGGGCAGCGUACCUACUUAUGCUACAUGUUCUCUGGCUUGAAAAUGUUUCUUGGCACAAUUUACAUAAGUCUAUCUGCUUUGUUUUGUUUUGAAGAGAGUAGAUCCUGCAUGCUAUGAACUGUAUGAUCUGUUAAUGCCCUUGACCCCUUAUAUCCUAGUGUUCGGACUUUGCAGUCAGCCAUGAGGUUUAUUAAGAUGCUAUCUACUGACAUCAGCUUGGUUUGGGGUACUUGGGCCACAUUUACUCACUUCCCUAGAGGGGUAAAGACAUAAUCAGAUGAAGAACAGCCAGGGUUGAUUCACCAAACCUCCCUGUCCACAGCAGCAGAGAUUCUGCACAUACACACACACCCCGGGCUCAUGUUGGUGUAUAACCAUGUCAGGCUGUGUCAAGGCAGCAGAGAACGUGCUCUGUACUUGGCCUGGCUUUGGUGUGCUACUGCAGAUUCAGACGUAACAAUUGUGGCUUUUAUGUGCUGAAAGGGCUGUGAGACUUAGUCCUCUGAUAUAACCCAAACAUACAUGAUUUCACGCAUCAUAAAUGCCGUCCGGUUCUGAGUUUUGUGUUUCUAAAACAUAACCCUAUUGUGUGUUUCAUUUGCAGAAUCCGAAAACGAAAGAGCAAAUUGAAAACUUGCUACGAAAUGGGAAGAAUAAGGAGCUGCGGGACCGUCUAUGCCAUCGGCUUACCUUUGGAACUGCCGGGCUCCGCUCUGCCAUGGGGGCCGGCUUUUGCUACAUCAAUGAUCUUACUGUGAUCCAGUCAACACAGGUGAGUUCCAGGCAACAGUGUGCAGGCAGGAAAUCUAUGUGCUACUGCCUGUCCCUCUUCUACUCCGAGUAACUUGCAACAUUAUUUUACAAAUACAAACAUUUCACUUUCCAGUCCUGAGCCUUUCUGGUGUGUGGUAGUUGCCCCAUAGAGUAUGGACGCCGUGGAGUCAAUUAGUAGAGGAAAUGAAAAAAUAUUGUUAUUUAUAAAGUGUCACCUGUGUGCACAAGAGGACAGAUCCCUGCCCCGAGGAGCUUGCAAUCAAAUACAGCACAAUGGAAACAACGGUGCAGGGAGUGGAGGCAUGUGGAGCCCCAUGUACAGCUGUUUCAGUGGCACUGGCACAUGCUAAGGUAUAGUUGCAGAAUGAGUUAAAGUAGGGCAAGGAAAUAGCAGGUUAUAAUGAAACCUUCAUGGUAGAGGUGGGCCAUGAGGGAUAGCAAGGAAGAGAGGUGGCAUCAUAUUGGUGUUCUGGGAAGGAGUUCUGAGCAAACAGGGUAGCAAGGGAGAAAGGGCAGAGUCUUUGGAGGGAGCAGACCUCUGGACAGUGGAUGGUGAACGAAAGCUUUUUCCAAUUGAGUCUGCACAGGGAAUUCAGGGGAACAAAUUUGCCUGUCUGUUUAGAGCAGUUAGCUAAGGCCAGUCUCUAGCUCUCAACUUAAUCUACGUCACAGGGUUAUUGUGCAGUUAAAAAGACCAGGUGGAGCAGUCAGUGCCUCCCUGAACUGCCGCCUUAUGGUUUUAAAACAUUUUUAUUCGUUACAUUUUUAAAAAUCUUCAGUGUCUGUGGUCUGCCAGAAUAGCAAGGGUUUUUAAAAAGUGUUUUGAAGAUGUGGAAGCACCAAGGCAGUAUAUUCAGAGGAAACAAAGAGUGGCAUCGUGGCUGCCUCACUAAGCAGGAACCCAGUUGUGCAAAGCUGUGCCCCAGGAGCAGAACUACACAUCAAUGUGGCUCCUCUUUUGGGGGUUUAUGUUGGCUUUUCUGAAAUUUCAGGAGCUCCAAAAGAGAGCUGUUUCACACAAAAGUCAACUACCUUGCUAUAUAAAUUUGAGCUUCCCGUGUGCAUAUGGUCAAUGUAAUUCCCUUUGUUGAACAUGAACAAGCUGAAAGCCUUCAACUAUAAAUGAUUACCGAAUUAAUAUGUGCAUAUGAGGAGUACCAAAGCACUUUUACUGCAGGGCAGGCUUUAAGGAACUAAACGUGCUCAUGGGCCUUGCUCAACUGCUGAGGAAGCAAACACAGCUUUGUACUUUCUGACCUCUCUGUUUUGUUCACUUUGAAAGUGUUCAUGCUGUGACAGCCUGAAGAGCACGUGCCGGCUUUGUGUUUUGGUCUACUGGAAGCACGAGGAACUUUGGAUUGGCUGCUAAGUAACAAUAAGCAUUCUUGGCAGAAGACUUCAGUUCAGAUACCAGGAAGUCUCUGCGAACACUGUUGCGCUAGCUUUGCAGGUUAUCUCCCUGACUGGUGGUUAUUUUCUUCGGUAAUGAUUUCUUGUUGCGUAAGACAGCAUUCUUUGACAAGUGGGUUAAGGCAGGUUUUCCCCUGAACUUCAAGAGUUCUUGAAAAUCCUUGUUUGUCUUCUUCAAGCCCUUUGUUUCAGGUUUAUAUUUGCAUUUUGGUGAAGGCUAAGACUGGGAAAUCAUUUUGGGAGGCUGCCAGCUAUUGCUGGUUUUGACUAAACUUUUGCAUUUUGCAUUGACUAGAAAAUAAAUAAGUACAGGGCUGGUCCAGCUUUGCCAUGCCAAAUACAGUGGUACCUUGGGUUACAUACACUGCAGGUUACAGACUCCGCUAACCCAGAAAUAGUACCUCGGGUUAAGAACUUUGCUUCAGGAUGAGAACAGAAAUCGUGCUCUGGUGGCGCGGCAGCAGCAGCAGGAGGCCCCAUUAACUAAAGUGGUGCUUCAGGUUAAGAACAGUUUCAGGUUAAGAAUGGACCUCCGGAACGAAGUACCGUAUUUUUCUCUCUAUAGGACGCACUUUUUCCCCUCCAAAAAUUAAGGGGAAAUGUGUGUGUGUCCUAUGGAGCGGAUGCAGGCUCCUUGGCUUCAGCGAUAGCAACGCGAAGCCUCCAAAGCGCAGAGGGAGCGCUCCCUCCGCGCUCUGGAGGCUUCGCGUUGCUUUCGCUGAAGCCUGGAGAGCGAGAGGAGUUGGUGCGCACCGACCCCUCUCACUCUCCAGGCUUCAGGGAUAGCCACCUGAAGCCUUCGGAGCGCAGCACAAGUUCCCGAUACGCUCCGGAGGCUUCAGGUUCCUUUUGCUGAAGCCAGGAGAGUCUUGCUCUCCCGGCUUCAGCAGAGAGGGAGAGCUGCGCAGCGCCCCUUCAGCCAAGCGGGAGGAGAAAUGGAAGGGGCUCCGUUUCUCCUGCCACUUCCCUGAAGGGGCGCUGAGCAGAGAGGGGGAGAAUUAUUUUUUUCUUGUUCUCCCCCUCUAAAACAAGGUGCGUCCUAUGGUCCGGUGCAUCCUAUAGAGCAAAAAAUACGGUAAGUACUUAACCUGAUGUACUACUGUACAGGUAUACCUUAGAUUAUUGAAUAGAACUAUUUGAUAUAAGUCGUUUAUUUUAAAGUUAUGUGUUUAUUAUGACUUUUUUGUAUUGGAUUAGAGUGUUAUAAAACCAUCUUUGUUGUCUACCGUAUGGUAUUUUGUUGUUUCUUCAGCUUGUAAACUGACUUGCAUAUAGUAAUGUAGUAAUGUAGAAAGGCGGUAUACAAAUGAAAAGUGAAAUGAAAUGAAAUACUUAGAUUGGGAAGAUUAUUCCCCUUAGGACAGACUGGUUAACGGCCUUGGGUUGCAUAUGCCCUCCUGUAUCGUAUCCUGGCUGGCUUGCUAAUACCGUUUGGAACUAUUUGCUAAUCAAGCACUUAUUGUAGUGCAGCUGCUCUCCUCUUUUGGCACACAUCCGCCUGGGUUGCAUCUGGCAGGCUGGCAUGGGAAUGGGGAGUUGGCCACCUUUGGCACCUUACAGCUCAGAUUCUGGAGCUCCCCGUUCUUACGCUUUUGUGGGGAAAAGAGGCAUUAUGAAACUCUGUCCACCCUUCUCCUUGCAUGAACUUGCAGACCCCCAAGCCCUUCAUGGUGUCCCAGCUAAAUCUAUAUCAAAGUCAGCAUGAUGGGGGAAAGGCUUUGCAGUGCAGUCCUACUGAGCCUCAGAUAAGCAUGCUAACUAGCUGGUCAGCAAUCUCAUGACUGAGAUUUCUGCUGGCCGUGGCUGAAGUGCCAGGAGCUUAAUCAGCAUUCAGGUUUUGAGCCUCUCUCUAUGUUGGCUUUGUGCUGAGUCAAGAGAAGAGGUGUCCUGUGGUACACAAUCUGAGCCACAUCCAUGCUGGAUUUGUGGGAAGCUGAAGAAAAAGGGCUUUUCAAUAUGAGCAGCACCAUUAUUUCAGCCAUUCUGAAAGUGAAAUUGGUAUUAAAAGUUCUCCCAGACCAAGUAAAAUUACAAAUUGUGGUACUGCAUUUGGAAAGGGUGAGGUGUUGCUUGCUUCCCUGUGAAACCAUCUGCUUAAUCAGAGACCUCAAGUGCAGACUGCUACGAAACAUGCUAGGGCUGGCAUCAGUUGCAUUUUGCACUAAGCAUAAUUUCUGGUGCCAAGUCCUAGGGACUCCUUGGAGAGUCCAUGGCAGAAGUCUAGUUUGGAUGUUCAUACCACAGCUGAAUAAACUGAGAUGAGCAUGAUCCAUUUGCCCAUGCAUGUCAUCCUCAUGCAAAAAACCAAUGGAUUUCUGUAUGGUAGUGUUUUUAAUGUCAGUUUGCACACUGCUUAGAAAUACUUUUAAAUAAAUAAAUGACCGCACCAAUUCUCACUGUGCUGUAAUAAACCAGGAAGUCUUCAGUUAACCAUAAUUUCCUGUUAAUGUCUAAACAGGGCCACCAUUGUUACCAACUUUGGGAAAAGGCUGGUUCUUAAAACACGGUUGAAGAUGGCUCACUAUCCUGGCCUAUUCCAAGCCUGGUAACCAUAUUUUAAAUAUUUUCCCUGAGUGGGAAAGGGUCUAUGAGUAGAGGCACAAUAUUUGUUCAUAUUAGCUAAUUAAACUGAGCUAUGGUGGUUUGAAUUGGGCCACAGUGUUCUACAACUGCAGAUGCCAUGUUUGCUGGAGACUGUAUGAAUAAGUAAUAGCCAUUCUUAUGUGAAGAAUAAUUUGCUUUACUGUUGGGUAAAUACAGUGGUACCUCGGGUUAAGAACUUAAUUUGUUCUGGAGGUCCGUUCUUAACCUGAAACUGUUCUUAACCUGAGGUACCACUUUAGCUAAUGGGGCCUCUCACUGCCGCCAUGCCGCCACCGUGCGGUUUCUGUUCUUAUCCUGAAGCAAAGUUCUUAACCCGAGGUACUAUUUCUCGGUUAGUGGAGUCUGUAACCUGAAACUUCUGUAACCUGAAGCAUCUGUAACCCAAGGUACCACUGUACCAUUCAUUGUGAAGGUUUUCUGGCAGGGGUGGGGAACCUCCAGCCUUUGGGCCGGUCUUGACUUGCUGCCAAGAUUGUCCCAUAAGGUUAUUUCCCCAAAACCACACCCUCCUGACCAUCAGUUUACAUCACUGGGUGAUGUCAGCUGAUGUGUGGAGUUCAGUACUGCUUGGGUGCUGCUUUGCUAGUGAAGCAGACCCUUCCCCUGUGGGUCGCCUUUAGAGAACCCCCAUGGUACCACCCAUCUUUCAGUCGCCUGGCAUAAUUGCGACAUCAGAUGAUUGAUAGGUGGGUGGCCUUACCCACCUGUCAGAGUUGGCUCAUGGAUUGGGGGAAGCUAAAGAUUUGGCUCUCUGGGCCAAAAAGAUUCCUCAUACCUGGCUUACUAUGUAGGGAAACUUUUCAUUGAAUAGCACUGGAGACAGUUGGUAAGGGUGAAUUAAAGUCAAAUUUAUGGAUUUCCUUUUGUUUCUCUUGCCUUGCUUAUGGCAGUCAUCAGUGCCAGAUUUGAGACUAUGGUUGACCAAGGUUCAGAUGUUCCACCUGCUCCCUAACGAGGAGGCUUUGGGUAAUUAACUUGGUGUAGCCAACGUUGCAGGAUUGAUGUGAAGUUACAAAUGAGAAAACAUUGUACUAUAGCUUCUCCUGAGAUUGCUCAAUAAAGAAGGAAACAACUCUAAUUGAUAAUAUAAUUUGUCCACCAUGACAAAUUCAGAUUACAUAAUUGGGACAGAGAAUUCUUUAUUACAACUUCCCUGUGCUAGUGGAAUAGGGAAGGUCUGAAAACCUAAUCAAAUAGGAGGCUUUAUGCAUGGGACUUCUCUUUUUACUUUGCUGCAGGGGAUGUACAAAUACCUUGAGAAAUCGUUUCCAGACUUCAAGCAACGUGGUUUUGUUGUUGGAUAUGACACGCGAGGCCAGAUAACCAGCAGUUGCAGCAGCUUAAGGUAUGGGCUUUGUUGGGAGUAGAAACAAGAUUGCCAUGGAAUGACUAAGUCCCCUUUGCACUAAGCAGAAAUCAAACUUUUAAAAUUUGAAGACGAGAAGAAACCUGGAAGAUAUAUCAGUUCUUUUUGAAUGUGAACGUCUGUAUCUGAAAACGACACGAAGAUGUAGCCUCCGUUCUGCCACAUUACAGAUCUCAUUUCAGUCAUAAGGGGCAGUUUGGUGGAUGAAGUCAGGCACAGAGUAACUCAAGCCAUGGAUUUGAUACUUAGGCGUUAUUUUUUUUUUUUUUAAAUAAUUUUUAUUAAAGUUUUAAACAAAGAGAAAAGAAAAAACAACACACACACAAAAACAAUACAAAAUUUAACAAUAAAAACACACAACAUAACAAUUUAAAACAAACUCUCUUUUACAUUCCCAAUUUUGAAUUACUUAUUUUCUGGACUUCCUCAUACCUCCCUCUUUUGUAUUCCAAUCUACAUUAUUUGUCCAGCAAUUUCUUUUCCACUUUUUAAACCCAAUCUUUAAUUUAAUAAAAUAUUAAACUAUAUAACAUAAACAUAAUCCUUGUUCUUAAUGUCAUAUACCUUUAAAUUUUUCCCAAUCUUAAUCUUUAAUCUUAAUCUAUCCUAGCUUUAACCUGUACAGCUGGAAACCACUUAUUUUCAAUCCAACAUCACUCUAACAUUCCUUAAUUUUGCAGUAUUUCUGAAGAUAGUCUUUGAAUUUCUUCCAAUCUUCCUCCAUCGACUCUUCUCCCUGGUCACGGAUUCUGCCAGUCAUUUCCGCCAAUUCCAUAUAGUCCAUAAUUGAUACUUAGGCGUUACACCUGUUGCACAGGCCUGGCUCUUUUCAUUAAAUGCAUAAUUUGUGUCAGGUCCUACAGAUAAGGCCUAGGAUCAGGCAGAUUUGCAGAACCUCUGCCCAAGCCUUCCUGAUGCUUUAAAAACUUCUCCCAAAAGCCACUGAGCUAUUUAAUAUGAGGCCAGUUCAAGAGAGACCUUGUGGCAGUGUGUGUGUAUUGUUGUAUUUUCUUUGAGUUUCAGUAGUUUAGAAUUAGAGAGCAGAUAUGUCCCAUGUUUGGCACAUUACAGACAUCAAAUUGUGCCCCCUGGAGGGAGAGGGAGAGAACCAUAGUAGAUUUGGAGUGCAGACAAACAUAGUAUAAGGAACAUAGUCAACCAAGCUUCCUUCUCGCCUUGCAACUCAAAUGACAGGUGUUUGUACCAGUGAACUGAAUGCUGACUCAGCUCUCCGUCUCAAGCAUAACACAAGAGGAGCCCUGCUUAGUUGAUUCAGCAUCCUGUUUCCCACAUUGCCGAGCAAGAAGCCCUCAAGCAGCACAUGAACACCAUAGCCCUCCUGCUGUUCUUUCCCCAUAUGCUGCCUGCCUCUGAUCCUGGAGGUGGCAUAUUGCUGCCAUGACCAGCAGCUGUUGAUAGCCUUUUUUGCCAUGAAUUCGACUAAUCCCCUCUUAAAGCUGUCCAAGUUGAUUGUCAUCAAGUGGGACUUCCCUGUAUUCUGUCCUGAACUGACCCCCACUAUUCAGCUACAUUAGAUGAUCCCAAAUUAUAGUCUUAUUAGAUGAAGGGGAGAAAAAUUAGAUGAGGGGGAGAGAGCCAGUGUGGUGUAGUGGUUAAGAGCGGUAGUCUCGUAAUCUGGGGAACCGGGUUCGCGUCUCCGCUCCUCCACAUGCAGCUGCUGGGUGACCUUGGGCCAGUCACACUUCUUUGAAGUCUCUCAGCCCCACUCACCUCACAAAGUGUUUGUUGUGGGGGAGGAAGGGAAAGGAGAAUGUUAGCCGCUUUGAGACUCCUUCGGGUAGUGAUAAAGCGGGAUAUCAAAUCCAAACUCCUCCUCCUCUUCUUCUUCUUCUAUCCACUUUCUCUGCACCAGGCACAAUUUUAUAUUUCUCUGUCAUAUUUCCCCUUACGCACCUUAAGAAGCCCCCAACGGUGCACUGUUUCCUUGUGUGAGAGUAGCUCCAGACUCCAAAUUAUUUUGAUUGCCUGUCUCUGCAUAUUUUCUAGCUCUACAAUAUCCUUUUUUUGAGAUGUGGCAACUAGAACUGUGCAUAGUAUUCCAGGUGUGGCAAUACUAUAAAGGACCCCUGACCAUUAGGUCCAGUCGUGGCUGACUCUGGGGUUGCGGCACUCAUCUCGCUUUAUUGGCCGAGGGAGCCGGUGUACAGCUUCCGGGUCAUGUGGCCAGCAUGACUAAGCCACUUCUGGCGAACCAGAGCAGCACACGGAAACGCCAUUUACCUUCCCGCCAGAGCGGUACCUACUUAGAUACUAUAGAUACUUAGAUACUAUAGAUCAGUACUAUAGAUGCCUAUAAAAGCACAGUGAUAUUUGCAGUUUAUUGUUGAUCCCUUUCGUAAUGAUUCUUAACAGGGAAGCUACCCUUUGCGCAGCUGCCCUACAUUGGGUCAGGUGACAUUACCCAGUUAUUUAUCCAUUUGCCACUUUCUUCUUCUUCUUUUUAAAAAGGAAAUGGGAAUUUGUCUUGUCUUAGGAUUUUGGGGAGAGUGCAAUGGACAGGAGAGUGGCUUUAUCAUUUUUUGUCUUCCACAGACUUGCAAAGCUCACAGCAGCAGUCCUGCUUGCUAAGGGUGUACCUGUCUACCUGUUCUCAAGAUAUGUUCCCACUCCUUUUGUGGUAAGUCCAUCCUUAUAUUAUUAUUAUUAUUAUUGGGAACAUGGCCAGCAGGUUCUAAACUGGAUCCACAUCUCUAGUGCGAAACCUUAUGGAAUGUUGUGGCAUAGCAGUCCCAGGGGUAAGAAAUGAAUGUUUGGAUUGAUCAUAGUUAGUUUGUUUGCUGUAAGGGCUAGCAUUUACAUACGGUAAUGGAGCAGUGGUGUGCUUGAUACUUAAAGUAGAAAUUAGAAUUCUGAAUAAUGUCAGGCCUUGGCUUGAUGAAAUUACCGGUAUAUAUCCUCUGGUGAUCCUUUGCUAGAGUCGGAAUAGGUGACUUGAACCCCUGUUUCAAAACCAUUUGAAAUCUGUUGCAACAUCAACAUGUAUAUGUCAGAUGCCUUGGGAGUUAUUUUUUGUUUUGUUUUUGUUUUCACUAUUUAUUUUUGAGAUCUUUGGAUGAAGGGUGGUAGAUAAAUUUGAUCAAUCAAAUAAUUAAAUGGGGGUGUGUGAAUAUGUGUUACCUGAAGUCUCUUAGAGCGGCAAUUCUUUCUCAUACCAGAAAUUGCACAAAUAACAUUACAGAAGGUCUGCCCACUGAACAUAUCUCGACUUAUGGCAGAUGUGCUCCUCAAAUGUAUGGAUUACCAUUAUUACCGUUUGUAGCACUUGCUUUCCAGAGUUGUGAAAGGUCAAAAUCCUGGGCUCCAACCCAUCUCAGCAUGCGCAGUAGAUGUUUGAACUCUUCCCUUGGGUAUGGAGUGGCUUGUGCUUAGAAACAAGACCCGAAGCCUUUGCUUUCAUGUGCCUGGGGCUUUCUGGACUGCAGUCUUGGGUGCAAUACAGAGAGAGCUGAACAUGUUUUCAGGCCUUUUGAUAUCAUUGGAAUGUGCGUGUCUUCACAACACCAUCUUGGGCUCAGUUAGGCAUAUUGAUUUUCCUGUAUCUUUGGCACUAAGCUGAUGAACAGCUCUGAGCCACUUAUAAUAACUUGCUUGUUUAGAGGAUGUGACUUGGGAAAUAUCUAGGGAUUCUUCUUUUGUUUAAUAGCAUUGUUAAGCCAAAAACACUGCGUAACUCAAAGGUCAUACUGAAUGGCAGUUGUCAUUCAAGGGUCCACAUAUUCUUCUUGCAUCAGUUUUGCAGACGCUUGGAAUAUCCUGAGUUCCUAUCUGGGCUGUUUCAGAAAUCCUGGCAUGCUGGAGAGUGAAUGUGGUUUUUGUCUUGCAGCCCUACGCAGUUCAGCAGCUCAGAGCUGUAGCUGGGGUGAUGAUUACUGCUUCCCAUAACCGUAAGGAAGACAAUGGCUACAAGGUACGUCGAAGAACUCUCUAGAUGCCUGCUAGCUUUUAACAAUCCUUUAAAUCAAGGGUCUGCAACCUGCGGCUCUGGAGCCGCAUGUGGCUCUUUUACACCUUUGCCACGGCUCUGGGGCGGAUACUAGCGAGGGGAGGAGGCGCAUUGUGCGCCCCGACACUCCCCACUGUGGCGGACGCUGUACUGGCUGUGACGUCGCAUGGGGGCGGUGCGUGCGUUAGUCAUGCACCGUCCCAACGUCACCUUCCCACCCACUGUCAGAUCGGACAUUAAGGUAAGAAACAAUAUAUGCAGUGUUAUAUUUGUUUUAAAUGUCGCAAUGGUUUUGCGGCUCCCAGUUUUUUUUUCUUUGGAAACGGGUCCAAGUGGCUCUUUUUGUCUUAAAGGUUGCAGACCCCUGCUUUAAAUCAAGAGUCUAAGAAAAGAUCUGUGUUAGAUACUGGAGUUGUUUGGGGAAAGGUCCUAACUCAGCGGUAGAGCAGACGGUCCUAGGUUCAGUCCCCAAUGGCAUAUUUAGAUAGGGCUGGGAAAAACUCCUGCGUGAAACCCUCAAGAGUCACUGCCAGUCAGUGUAGACAGUACUGAGCUAGAUGGAUUCAAUGGUCAUAUAUAUAUAUAUAUAUAUGGAAUAUAAACAAAACAUAUCAUCCUUAAUUCCCCCCCCCCAUAAAACAACCCCCCCCCCAACUUCCCUCAGUUCCAAUCUCUGGUUUCUCUAUAGAUGCUAUUCUCUGCAUGUUACAAAAUUGUAUAAAUCCUUAAUUUAUCUGACUGAUUAUUAUCAAUAAAAAGUUUGUGAGUGUUUAUUCAAAGCCUGCCAAGGAGUCCAGUUCACUUUGUUGCCUCUUUAAAUACUUUGUAAAAGGUUCCCAUUCAUCUUUAAAGUCACAGUUAUCCUUGUCCCAUAGUUUAUGUGCCAGUUUUGCCAGUUCUGCAUAGUCCAUCAGUUUCUCUUGCCAUAGUUCUUUAGUCGGGGUUUCAUCAUUCUUCCAUCCUUGUGGAUGGAUCCAGUGGUCUGACCUGAUGUCAGGAAGUUUCCAGACUGUAAUAUUCUGGAAAAUGCUCAAGAAUGGAACACCACAUACUGUAUGUUCUGUUAGUGGAAUAAUUGCCUUUUAAUGAAAAUAAAUGCAUGAUUUCUGCUUUGGUUCUUUGGCCCCUACUGGUUUGCACAGACAAUAAAUCAGGGGUAGGCAACCUAAGGCCCAUGGGCCACAAGCGGCCCACGGGGGUUGUUUAACUGGCCCACUAGCCGCCCCCGAACCUAACAGAUUGCUUGGUGAGUCCCUGGGCGCUGCGCUAAACUGGUGCAGCGCGGUACAGGGACUCUCUUCCGUGGCGCCAGAAAUCGUGCCUGUGCAUGCACAGACGGCGGAAAUCAUGUCUGCGCAGAUUCCGGAAAUUGCGGGUGUGCACAAUCCGGCCCACAGAGGGAUCUCCGCUGGAGUGAACCAGCCCAGGCGUGGUAAACCUUGCCGACCCCUGCAAUAAAUUGUUCUUUUUUCUGUGUUUAUACGUAAAACGUCUGCUAAAACUUGGUUGCUGAGACUUGCAGGUGGGGAGAGCUCAGGGCUACUUGCAGGCUUCCCAUAGACAAACAGAUGUAAUAGUAAUUUAUUAUUUGUACCCCGCCCAUCUGGCUGGGUUUCCCCAGCCACUCUGGGCAGCUUCCAACAAAGAUUAAAAAUACAUUAAAACGUCACACAUUAAAAACUUCCCUGUCCACUGUAAGAACAAGGAUGCUGGGCUAAAUGGACCUUUGGCCUGGUCCAUCUGCUGAGCUCUGCUGAUAGGAUGAUGUUGGGUGAAAAUACCCUCCAAGGGAGAGUGAAUGGAGUUUUUCACACUUUGGUGAAAAGACUUUUUAUUUUGACACCCCCAGAGUAUUGAAAGCUGGCAUUGUAGGUGCAUCUCAAUGCCAUCAGGUAUCAUUUUAACACACCUUUAAAGGGAGCCUGCCUGAAUGAGCAGCACAGAGCAACAAGAAAUAGCCCCUGGCCUUUACAGAUACUAGGGUUGUAUUCAACUAACUUUUACUUGGAGCAGUCUCACUGAACUUAAUGGCUAUAAAUAACUUAGGUUUGUUGAUUUCAGUGGAUCUAUGCAGAGUAAAAGUUGGUUGAAUACAAUCCAUGGAUUGUUGUAUCCUCCCAGUUUUUGAUAUAAUUAAUUACUGUCUUUACUAUGAAUUUCUAAAAGUAGAUAAUAAAACACCAACCACAGCCUUUUAUUAUUCUGAUACAUCAGACUAUCAAAUAUUGACCUGUUUGCCCUUCAGAGCUAAAUGAGCAUGUAUGUUUAUUGAUCAUUUCAAUUUUGUUUUCAAAAAUACAAACCAAGUGGAGAAUACUUACAUAGAAAAGUGAUAUACCUGCACCGUUUUUGAAAAAGUGUGCUGCUGUUGCAUUUUAUAGAUCGAGGCUUUUUCAGCCCAAAUGAAGUCAAAGCAGGCAGAACAACAGAUAUGACGCUUAGCUUCGUACAGUAGGCUGCAAUCUAGCCCUGCAAGCCCACACACCCACAUUUCUCUCCAGGCAAGCAGGAGGUAUUAGCUGGACAGAAGCACUUGAGGAGGGCUUCUAAGGAGAUGGCUGAGGGGCCACAUUGGCCCCUAGGCCUCAGGUUCCUCACGUUUCUCAUAGAGCUUGCAUCACUACAUGCAUUCUUUUUCUUCUUUUUUAAAGAAUUUUUAAAUUAAUUUUCUUUUCUAUUAUUUAAAAACAUCUCAUAUCAAUAACAUACAUAUUACACAUGGUCACCCCCUCCCUCCCGGACUUCCCUCAGCUUCCAUUUCUGAUUUAUUGCCUCCUUAUUAUACUGCUGUUUCAUACAAUCCACUAUAUCAUUCCUUCAUCCCGUUAAUUGUUCUUUAUCAAUAAAGAUGUGAAUGUUUAUUUAAACAUAUAGCAUUCUCGUGCUAUAGUUGCUGAACGUUUGGCAUUUAAAUUUUGGAGUGCUCAGACCCUGCCCAGAGGUCUUGCAGUGAUUGAACUCUUACACUUUCCCAACUCUCACUUUAGGUAUACUGGGAAAAUGGCGCUCAGAUCACAUCUCCUCAUGACAAAGAAAUCCUGAAGUGUAUAGAAGAAUGUGUUGAGCCGUGGAACGACUCCUGGAAUGAGAAUCUGGUAGAAAGCAGCCCUCUUACGCGAGAUCCCUUGAAGGAAAUCUGUGCAAGCUACAUGGAGGACCUGAAAAAGAUCUGUUACCAUAGGUAAGAAAUCAAAGCACAACUCCUGUAAGCAUCAAUUCCAUAUGUUAGAAGCCCUCAAAGGUGGAGGUUCAGAAUUGGAAGCAGGUAAGAUGCAAAUGUUUGGCUUGGGCAUAGAUAUUUGAACAGGGAAGAGCAGAAGAAGAGUGUGUAUUUUUUAAUUUUUGUUUAUAAGACCACCUUUCUGGACAAAGACCACUGAAAGAUGGCCACCACUGUAGAGGAAAACUUAGUUACCAAAGGUUUGACUGAAUAAAAAUGACGUAGCCUGCUGGCUGAGAAUUGAGAACAAAGGAACCAGGCCACAUUUCCCUGGGGAGAACAUUCCACGAAUGAAGGGGCCACCACUGAAAAGGCUCAUUCUCAUGCAGCCACCUUCUGCACCUCCCUCAGAUUUUAUGUUUAGUUUUGUAUUUACUUUGGCUUUCCCCCCCUUAUUUGCUGUGAGCCACCCAGAGAACUUUACCAGACAGCGCACUUGAAGUCUAGGAGAAGGGCAAAGGUAACGGCUGAGCCCACAUUAGAUUUGCUGGUUAUCCAUGUCUAUCAUUUUUAGUUGCAGUGUCCCAUGAAAGCCUGGCUCAUUCCUCAGAUGCUGGACAUGUGCUGUGAGCUGUUUUUAUAUGAAGUCUGCUUUGGCGUCUGGGCAUGUCACCAUCUCAUGUGAUGCCACCCCACCUUUUGGGAACAGCAGGUCUCCUAUUAAUCCAUUCUGUUGUUUUCUUUAUAGGGAGCUGAACACAAAGAGCAGCUUGAAAUUUGUUCACACGUCCUUUCAUGGGGUUGGGCACGACUACGUGCAGUUGGCUUUUCAGGCGUUUGGCUUUCAGCCUCCCAUUCCAGUUCCUGAACAAAAAGACCCAGAUCCAGAUUUCUCCACUGUAAAAUGUCCGAAUCCUGAAGAAGGAGAAUCUGUGCUAGUAAGUUUGGCAGGCGAUUUCGUCAACAGUUCUGUAUGUAAAUAAGGGUGGGCGAAACGGACUGGCUGUUUCAUGUUGAGUAAAAAUAAUAACUUUCCUCUUCCAGGAAUUGUCUUUGAGGCUUGCGGAGAAGGAAGGUGCCAGGGUGGUGGUGGCAACUGACCCUGAUGCAGACAGAUUAGCUGUGGCAGAACUGCAGAAGAAGUAAGCGUGUGUUUGUGUGUGAGAGAGAGUUUACUCUGUGAAGGGGAAAAGACAGGCAAGUCUUGUGGGUGUUCCUUGAGAUGCAGACCUCCAUACUGAAUAAUGUUUGAAUAUCUAAACUUCUGUUUUAAAAAUGACACCUGUAAUUGUAAGUGGGGUGGUGGUAAGGUAAAGGUAAAGGGACCUCUGACCAUUAGGUCCAGUCGUGACCGACUCUGGGGUUGCGGCGCUCAUCUUGCUUUACUGGCCAAGGGAGCCGGCGUACAGCUUCUGGGUCAUGUGGUCAGCAUGACUAAGCCGCUUCUGGCGAACCAGAGCAGCGCACGGAAACGCCAUUUACCUUCCCGCCGGAGCAGUACCUAUUGAUCUACUUGCACUUUGACAUGCUUUCGAACUGCUAUGUGGGCAGGAGCUCAUCCCGUUGCAGGGAUUCGAACCGCCGACCUUCUGAUAGGCAAGUCCUAGGCUUUGUGGUUUAACCCACAGCGCCACUAAAAGCACAUAUAGCUGAAGCUCCCUGUGCUUCAGAUAUUCCAAGAAAUUGAAUUAAAGGCUUAGAAGGGACAUGAAAAUCCUCAGAUCCCUUUAUAGUCCAGGAAUAUAUCUGCACCUGCCUCUCUCAGGCCACAUCGGAAGAGAAACAGAUACACAGCACCAACGCAUAAAAGCAGCCCGGUUUCUGUUUUCCCUUCUGCCACCAUCUCCAACCCCAUCCCACCCCACCGUUAUUCCAUGGCUCCGUUCCAGUUAGGAAGCUCUUAGAUUGUUUCUAUACUGUACACAGCAAGGAUCAAUGCCUUUUCUUUUCAGGGGGUACUCAAUGGUACUUGGUACCAGCACCUCUUUUUGUAGUUGUUAAAAAGUGUGGCACUUACUGUAACAACUCUAUGGUGAGUACAGGCACCUAUUUUUCUAGAAAAAAAUCACUGGCAAGGAUGCUCCCAGUUUGGGAGCAGGGAGUGCUUAGGGAAAUGCCCAAAGGUUCCAGUGUGCCUAUAAGAAGCAAAAAUUGCAUAAAAAUGUGGAGCUGUUCUUGUUCUCUCUGUCCUGGCCCAUCUCAUUUCCCCUUUGCUACCAGCUUGUUCUCCCCGAUAUCGCCCUCUCUUCCUUCCUUUACUCCUCUUGUUUCGUUCUCCAUAAACCUUCCAACUGGAAGACUUUUCUGCCACAACUUAUUCUUCUGAGUUCUCCUAGUACUCCCCCUGCCUCUCCUUCCACCGCUAAUUCUCAGGCCACUUCCAAACAAGUCUGUGUUGGGGGAUGGGGGAUUCUUCAUACCUGCAGGGUUUUUGCAUCAUCUGCACAGCAUUGAUGUCGUCAUCAGGAUUCCUACCCAUAUUCCCAUAUCCAUCUAUUGGUUUGUUUUUAUUUUGAUUAUAUAUUAUGAUUAUAUCAUGAUAAUACUUUGAUUAUAUAUUUUAUGGUUUUAUAUUUUGAUUUUAUUCUGUGAACUGUCCCGAGACCUGCGGGUAUAGGGUGGUAUAUAAAUUCAAUUAAAAAUAAAUAAAUCUCAAUUUACCCAUCCUGUGAAAAAUCCAAUAACUUUUUUUAAAAAUCACCUGUUACCAAAGUCUGAAUUGUUUGAAAAAUUAAGCCUCAACCUGAAAGUCCCUUGAGUGCCUUUCAAAUGAAUGAGUCCACAAGCCAGCCACAGUGCAGUGAGUGCAGGGGAGGAGCUUCAGUCACCUGGGAAACUCUGCUUCCUGGACCAUUCUGAAAAUGAUGGGGUGUUGUAUUGGCACCCACAUUUAAGAAGCCCUGCUGGUGGACAAGUCUCCUCUUCUGCACAGAAGAAACUUUUAAAGCAACUGUGUUUGUGGCUGCAUUCCUCUGUGUUUUGGAUUCUCGUGUGUAUUCCUUUUGACCUCUGGUCCUCUCCUCUCCUCCUCCUCCUCCUCCUCCUCCUCCUCCUGCAGUGGCCGCUGGAAAGUCUUCACUGGCAAUGAGCUGGCAGCGUUGUUUGGGUGGUGGAUGUUUACUUGUUGGAAGGAGAAUUGUUCCAAAGAUGCCGACGUCAAGAAUGUUUACAUGCUGGCCACUACGGUCUCCUCUAAGAUCCUGAAGGCCAUCGCACAAAAAGAAGGAUUUCACUUUGAAGUAAGAGCUGAAUGGUGUUUAGGGUUGUGGUUUGGCUGAGUAAAUCCCAGCCGUCUUUGUGCAGUAGUACCUCGGGUUAUGAACUUAAUUCGUUCCGGAGGUCCGUUCUUUACCCGAAACUGUUCUUAACUUGAGGUGCGUUUUCGCUAAUGGGGCCUCCCGCUGCUGCCACGCUGCCAGUGCAUGAUUUCUGUUUUCAUCCUGAAGCAAAGUUCGCAACCCGGAGCAACUACUUCCGGAUUAGCGGCAUUUGUAACCCGAGAUACUACUGUACAGGGUGCAUCUGACCAUGGUGAGAUAUGGAAUAUUACUACAUUCAUUAUGAGCUAAAGGAGAGAACUGAAGCUGUUCUGGGAAGGAGCUCCAGGGAGAAGGGGAAACUUUUGAGCGUUCAGGGUGCAAUUCAGGGGUCUUUUUAAAGGACACGCGAGAUGUUAGAAGGAAUGAAGCAGUGAGCACCCCCUCACUUAUGCCUUUGACAUGUAAUAAGUUAUACUCAGAGGGGACCCAUUGAAAUUCAUGGAGAAGACUUGUUAGAGCCAUUAAUUUCAAUGGGUUUACUCUGAAUAAAAUUUUUGUGGGGGGAGUAUCGAGUUGAUCCAGAUGGUGUGCAGAUGUACAAGUUUGGGUUCGGGCAGGAUCUGUCUUUUGCUUCUUGCAGGCAAUUUACCUAGCUCUGGUCAGCUUCAAUGUGAUAUAUAAUGAAUUUAUAGAGUGCCAUAUGACUAGAUUGCAAGGGCUGAGAUGAUUAAAGCUGUAGAGAGAGCAUUGACUCCUUUUCAUUAUUGCAACUCUUACUGCCCUCUAGUGCCCCUUCUGGAGCACAGCUGCUGUGGCAUCUUUCUGAGAAAAUCUGUUUUGUUUGUUAGGCCUUUCAAGCCUUCAGUUUCUGUUUUGCAGCACUGUCCUUGUGUGCAGUUUAAACAGGGCAGACUAUUAUUCUAAUGGUCAAAAGAAAUUGUUUAGUUAUGGUAGACUUUUGAGAAAAGGAAACUUCAGUCACAUCUUCCAGGAGCACUGAUCUUGGGCCAGAGGACUGUUUUUAAUUUGGGUACCAUUCUACAAUGUGCUGGCAUAUAAGAAGGAGCCCUUUUUGCCCAUUUAGAGAGCAGAGGCAGUACACCUGGUUGGCUAGGGAGUUCAGGGAUGCUCCCUUGGGAGCCAUGCUUAGAACUCUCUUCUGAGUAACCUUUUCCCAAUCUUGGGUGACCCAGCUGCAAUUCUAAGCCCACUCAGGGCUGCAUACUUAAAAGAGAGUUGCUCUCAGAAGGCCUCCUGGAAUGAGCAGCUUGGUGAAUUUGCGUGCAGUUGGCAUGUUCCAUGAGAACGAUCUGUAUUAAGUGAAGGCACCUUCCUGUCUUUCAGGAUACACUCCCUGGCUUCAAAUCGAUUGGCAGCAGAGUUAAAAACCUCCUGGACAGCGGCAAAGAAGUCCUUUUUGCCUUUGAAGAGUCCAUUGGUAAGCACAGCAAGUGUUGGGUGCUAUGCCAGGCAGAAGGUGGGGCCAGAGCCAGAGCCCAGUCCUAGAAUCUGGCCUCUCCCUUCAGGCUGUUGUUUCCCAUCACUCCAUUGCAUGGUCUAACUCUCAAACUCUUUGUGUUUGGUUCUAGCGUCAUAUAACCUUCUGAAUAGAUCCCUUGAAUGCAGGGUGGAGGGGUGGGUAUACAAUGAUCACUUACCGCUUUGCUUCCACUUUGAUGUAAAAAGGGACCUAUUCUGUAAUGACAGACUUGAACCCCCCCAGGCCUACCAACUUGGAGCUGAGAUUUCCGCGUAUUAGAUGCUCGGAUGAGCUGGAUAAGGAAAUUUCUAGGAAGCUACUCUUUGUGUUUGGUUCUGUUGUACAGAAACGUUAAGAUGGUGGAUUUAAGGCGACAUGUGGAUAAAAUAAAACAAAAUGCUGUUUUGCAAAUUUUUGUUUUCCAGGCUUCAUGUGUGGCACUUCCGUGCUGGACAAAGAUGGCGUCAGCGCAGCUGUGGUGAUUGCAGAAAUGGCUGCUUAUCUAGAUACCAAGAGCCAAAUGCUGGCAUCCCAACUAACAGAAAUAUAUAAAAUGUAAGUUCUGUGUGUCAUCAUCGCUAUUCUGAUUUAUUACCCGCCCUUCGCCUGAGGUCCCAGGGCAGGUUACAACAUUGAAACACAAUGCUGAAGACAGUUAAAGUGACUUUCCAUCACGGAAAUUACUCAUGGAGCUGGUUGCAUCAAUUCCAGCUGGUGAAAAAUAAAUUUAGUCAUUACUAGAACUGUAACUUAAAGCCUGAUCUUGCUUUUCUCCUCCCCCACAUUGUUUCCUUGUGUGUUGUGCCUUUUUAGAUUAUAAGUGUGAGGUAGGGAGUGUCUUCUGGUGCUGAUUUUUGUAAGCCAUUCUGGGAGCCUUUUUGGCCAAAGGGUGACGUUAAAAUGCUUUCAAUAAAUAAAUCUGAAUGGAAAAGAGUAGGAAUUGUCUUUCCUGUGUUUUUGCCUGUGAGAUAACUCAGAAAUGUUGGAAGUGGCUGAAGGGGUAGCAUUCGAAAAAGAACUUCUGGCGGGGCCUUACUUUAUCCCUUUUCUGUGCCACCAUUUGUAGAGACAUCAUAGAUACGUUUAGUGAUAUGAAGGACUCUGGUUUGUGCUUAGCUUUCUUUUCCUAGUGACUGAAUUUAGAGAUCUAGAUUACCGUGGCUGACUAUAUAUUGUUUUUGUGUAGGUAUGGCUACCACAUUUCAAAAACCUCGUAUUUCCUGUGUUAUGAUCCUCCUACCAUCAAAAGGAUAUUUGAAAGACUCCGAAACUUUUCAUCGCCUAAUUCUUACCCAGCAGUUUGUGGCACUUUCAGUAUAUUGGACAUCCGGGAUGUGACCACUGGGUAUGACAGCAGCCAGCCAAAUAAGAAGUCGGUGAGUUGUGUGACUCUUGUUAGGAAGCUGUUGCAGAUCAUUCUCAUAAUAGCUUUAAUGUGAACCCUUUUGCCUUGCAACCCUUUGCGGAGUUUUCAAGUAACAGAGGUGUUGCUUGGAAGAAAUCAGUAAUUAGAUUGUAGGCUUGGGUGUUGAGAAGGAAAAGCGAGUAUGUCAUUUCAGUCUAGGCCAGUGUUUCCUAACCUUGGGGCUCCAGCUCUUUGUGGACUACGACUCCCAUCAUCAUCACUAGCUAGCAAGACCAGUGUUAAGGGAUGAUGGGAAUUGUAGUCCAAAAACGGUUGGAGACCCAGGUUGGGGACACACUGGCCUAGGUUCUGUCAGGCUGACCACCUUUCAGCAGGUGGGUUGCCACCUUAAAGGAGGAAACCCAUAAAAGAUCAUAUUGGCAUGCAGAUACUUAUGAUGGUUCAUAUAAACUUCAGCUGCCUUAUGUGUUGAGUUGUAGCUGAGCACAGUGCAGAGUUUUGUGUGCUUCGAUCACAAGCCUGCGUAUUAAAAUUACAUCCACAUCCCAUGUUCCCUCAACAAAAAGUAAACUCCGGUCAGGACUGAGUCUGGUUCAAAGAUACCUGACACCAAAUUCCUCAGAGCAGAAUAUGAAAUUGUUAGCCUAUAUACAGAACAGGCUUCCCCAACCUGGUGCCCCCUAGAUGACUUCAGCUACAACUUCCAUGAGCCUCAGCCAAUAGGCGAUGCACUUUGAAGCAUCUGGAGGGCACAAGGUUGGGGAUGUAAAACAGGCUAACUGGAUUCAAAAUCCUUUAGGAGGACUCUUCUUGCAGUGUUCAAAUAUUUUUUUCCUCCUGCCAGAACUGGCUAAGGAAUUUACCAUUCCUAACUUGAGAGUCAAAGGAACCUCUCUAUAAAUAAACAGUAGUUGACGAAUGCUGUUGUAUAUACUUUGAACAAGGUCUAACUAGUUCAUCGAUGGGUUCAUUUGCACAAUUCUGUAACUUAAAAUCGCAGAACAGCAACGAACAUGUGACAGAUUUAUUUGUACUGUGCCAUCAGUGCUUUAGAGAGUAAAUUCAGGUCUACAGAUACUAUCACCAUCAUAAUGCAGUGUUUUUAGUCUUUGGGUUGAAACUUGUCCAUAAAACACUUAACUGGAGCACUUGAUAUUUAAUUAGUGGGUGGGGGGAGGCUGCAUGAACCCCUACAUCAAUUCCACAAUGAUUUUUCUCCUGAUAUCCUGCUGCUCUUGUUGUUGUCGUCGCUGCAGGUACUGCCUGUGAGUAAAAACAGUCAGAUGAUCACCUUCACCUUUCAGAAUGGCUGUGUCGCCACCCUUCGGACAAGUGGAACUGAACCAAAGAUAAAAUAUUAUGCAGAGAUGUGCGCACCACCAGAACAGAGGUGGGGAAUUCUGUUUGUGCCAUCACUCCCAUGGGUUAGGUUUUAUGCCUGCCAGUGGUUCUGUGAACAGUCUUGUCUGAACCAAGCACUUACAAAGCAGGAGGUGUCUCAUUAUGGCUUGAUGUGGACACACCGUUGCUGCCGAAUGGUCAAGCUGCAGGGCAGCUAGUAGGGAUUUUGAUUUCCUUUUUCUUUUUUUAUCCCACGCUUCCUCAAAGGAACUCAGGGCAACGUGCGUGGUCUCUUCUCUUCUCCUCUCCCCCCAGUACACAACAACCCAGUGAGGCGGGUUUAAUUGAGGGAGAGAAUGACUGACCCAAGGUCAUAGAAUCAUAGAAUCAUAGAAUCAUAGAAUCAUAGAAUCAUAGAAUAGAAUCAUAGAAUCCUAGAGUUGGAAGAGACCACAAGGGCCAUUGAGUCCAACCCCCUGCCAAGCAGGAAACACCAUCAGAGCACUCCUGACAUAUGGUUGUCAAGCCUCUGCUUAAAGACCUCCAAAGAAGGAGACUCCACCACACUCCUUGGCAGCAAAUUCCACUGUCGAACAGCUCUUACUGUCAGGAAGUUCUUCCUAAUGUUUAGGUGGAAUCUUCUUUCUUGUAGUUUGGAUCCAUUGCUCCGUGUCCACUAGGUCACCUAGAGAAAUUCAUGACCAUCAUCACAGCGGUCCCUUUCUCACUGACUACUCUCUCACAUCUUGUAGCUGACGCAAUAGUUGUUUGAAAGCUGAGACAGUGUCUCUCCUAUUCAGCCCACCACUCAUGGCCUAUAAGACAUGUGCCUGAACUGACACUUUUUUUGCUGAAGCUAGUGGAAAUGUACAAGCAGAAGAGACCCUUUGCCAUUGGAGGCAGGCUGUGCAGUUGCCUUCCUGACUUCUCACUUGAUCUCUGCAAAGUCCAGCCAGGCGGAGCAUGCAUGGUCUUCUGAAAGCUAGAGCAUGAAACACUUAAUCUCAGAGUUGGGAAUUCAAGCCCCAUAUUGGGCAAAAGAUUUCUGCAUUGCAGGGGUUUGGACUAGAUGACCCUAGUCCCUUCCAGCUCUAUAGUUCUAUGAUUCUGUGACAGCAGAGUAGCUUUGGCAUGAAGAAAAUGAAUGGAAGUCUGAUAGAACUUUUCUUUUCAGAAUGUGAGUUGGCAUUUUGGAUUGUGGAGAGGUAUCUUAAUAACCUCUGACUCCUCUUCCCUUUUAGCGACACGGUCUUCCUGGAAGAGGAUCUACAGAACCUCAUUGAUGCCCUGAUUGAGAAUUUUCUGGAGCCUAGUAAGAAUGGACUAAUCUGGCGUUCAGUGUAGCCUUCCUGCUGCUGCUGCUGCUGCUGCCAUUGGCUGUGAUAGCAGUCACUCCAUGCACUGCGUAAUGUGGAACAAAGGAACCAAGAUGAUAACUCCUGUUUGCAUUUAUAUAUAUACAAUAUAUAUAUAUAUAUGAAUGCCUCUGUGUGUGUAUGUGUGUUUUAUAUAUAGAUAUAUAUGUUCCUUAGCCAGCAUAUUUAUAUGGAAGCAGUAUCAUUUUGUCAGCUUUCUUUCCAAAAUGAGAAGCAGAUUAUCAGACAGCUUUGGGCUCCCACAGAGAUCCAUCAAGCCAAAAGGAAAAGGCUGAGCAGUUUCUGGCAAAUUUGCCAGGAGUGAUUGGUGAAAGGGACUUCCUCUACUGCCGCACCUCAAAAAUGAAAUAAACGCAUCCCUGGAGGCUUUCCUGGCUGCCGCCUUGUAUUAAACCAGUGUUGGGUAUCUGAAGUCUUCAACUUGCUCAGUCCCUUGGCAGCUGUCCUGGAUGAUCAUAUUGGACUGGCAGAAUGGUCCUGCUUCCUUGUAGCUGUUUUGAGUGUAGGUAUCUUUACUGUACUGUUGAGUCUUACCUUUUUUAAAAAAUCAGUCUGUUCAGUAGAAUUCAGUACUUAGGGUUUUCUAGUGCAGAAGUUGUUUAGAAGUCAUAAAGGUUCCAGCUCUUUAAAUCUCUUCUUUUGAAAGGUGCUCUUUGUGCAUUGUAUUCUUAUCUGUCUGUGUAUUUGCUGAAGUUUACUCGACAGUUAAGCAGUAGUGGCAAGCUAUAUCAUGUGAGGUGUAGCUGGCUAGCCCUGGGGCCAAAGCAGGUAUGAUGGACCACCUCAUUCCUCUUUUGGCCCUCGGACUGCCUACUGGGCUUCUUGGAAGUUAGGAAGCAAGACAGAAUGCAGACCUCUUGGCUCAAGGGGAUACAAAAUUGAUUAUUGCUGUGCCUGCUUUGCCUUCACCUGCCACCAUUAGAAAUCCUUCUAGUCUAGACAUACCAGCUUUGCCCCUGCCACUAUUUUAAAGUCACAGUAUCUUUAAAAUAAACAACCUACAUCAAAUAAAGCAAUAUUCAAUAAUCCAUCCAAAUCUAAGAGUAAACAGUAAAGCAUCAGCGAAUAAUAACUAAGCAGUUUGCACCUAUCAGUUACAACAAAGAAUUACUAAUCUAUAAUCAAUAAAGAUAACACCAAAUCGCAAUGCAUAAAAUACCACAAAACCUACAAAACCAUGUAAAAGGGUCAAAUGGAGAAACAGUCACACACAACUAAUAAUUAUUAUUUUUUUAAAUAUCCCUGAACGCCUCUCUUCCCAGCUGGUUCUGCUGUUCUCAAAGUCAUGGAAAGGCUCCCAGAGAGGGCUGGAGGGUGGGGCAAGACUUUUCCAAAUGUUCCUUCCAAAACUGGCGAGGGCAAGGCCGAGCUUCUGGCUAGAGUAAAAGCCCUUCUUGUGUUUCUUGAUGCGAGAAAGUAGAGGUAUACUGCCGGGGCCGCAACAUAUCUCUCAUUGUCUGCAAUUAUAUAAUUGGGGGACCUCAAGCAGUCCUGUUGUCUCUCUGUAUCCAUGAUUCUUUGCCUGACCACAGAUCUUGCUUGACCCGGGCCCAAAUGGAGCUAUUGGUCAUGGGAGCCUCCAAGCUGCAAUGCGAAAUGGUAGAGCCCAGACACAGCUUUGCCACCUCAGAACUAGACAUAAUGCCGUUUGGUUAAAUUGAUCAAGUAUAUAUUUGAAAUAGGGAGAAGUCCCAUCCAUUUCCCCAUCUGGCACUACCAAAGUUUCCAAGCGGAUUUUUCUACUUUCAAACCCAGUAGCUUCUUUCUUCUGAGUUGACGGAAAAGCUGAGUUUUGGUAGCCCAGUUGAUAUAGCUUUGCCACUGUUGCUUGACUUUGUCCUCCUCUUUCUCCUUACGCCGUUUGUGAGUUGGAUCUGAUAAGGUGGUGCAGGUGACUUCUGUCCUGCUUUAGGCCACAGGGACAAGAAACUCCAUUUCUUGUACAUCCGGGUUGGGGGUUUGGGGGGGAAAGAGGGGGAUUGAUGCCAACUGAAGCUUUUGCUCUGUGGCAUAACAAAGUACCUUUGUGGUAUCUGAAUGUAUGUGGACAGCAGGAACUUGCUUGUAUUGCACGAGGCUUUCGGGGCAAGAUCCACCAGGAACUCGUCCUGUGCGCGGGACGUAUUCCUGUUGUGUUUUGCUGUUGAUUUACAUGCAAUAUUUAUUUAUUAUUUUUAUUAUUUAAUGCUUAAAUGCCUUCCAGGUUGUUCGUAUAUAUCUGAGUGAAAUGUAUUGAAUGCCAAAAAACCUUCCUUUUUAUUUUAUUUUUUACUCUUUGUUUUCUUUUUCAUUUACUGUAUAUUUGAAAGUGCUGCAGCGUAGCGAGGAGAAAUUACGAGGGGGCAAUUAAAGUGACAGAGCUGCCCCAACCGACGUGCCAGAAGGCAUCCAAAGACAGUGGGGGCAAAUGUUUGCCUCGUGGGAGUUUUGUCAUCCUUUAAGAAUCCAAUUCCCAUCUCGUUAAAGUGUUGCUGUUUGGAACAGAGAGAGCAGAAUCCAAGGCCUUAAGAGGCUCUUUCUGAAUCCUUUGCUGAUUUGGGGGGAAAGAACCCUCUUUCUCUGGUUUAGUUUGAACAAACAUAAGUCAUGGAAGAACAAAGCAACAUGUUCAUUGACAAGUUUUCUACCCAAUUCACAUGAUGGGGUGAGUAGCUUAGGGAUCACUAUCGGAUUGAUUCUGUCCUGGGACAAGAGUUUAAGAGAGAGGGGGCAUAUAUUCCCUACCCCCAAAAUGUAUGGGAAAGAGGGCUAAGGCUCCAGUUUUGUUUAGUGUCCUGAGAAAGCUGACUUGUUAAGGAUUUGAUUAUUUCUGCUGGAACCGCUGCUAUCGGUGGUUUUUUUUAUUUUUUCAAUUGUUCACAAUGCUUGAAAAUCCAUCCUAUUCCAUUGGGGGAAGUUUCUUUUUCUUCUCUUCCCUGCUUUUCUUAACUGUGAAAGAUGACCUCCUCCUCUUACCUCACCAAUGAGCAACAUGGAGGUCCUUUGGGCUUCUGCUCCCACCCUCCUUCCCUGCGGGGUUUCUCUUGACUGAUGCCAGGAACAUUUAUAAUGUGGCAUGACGGGCAAAAGUAUUUGAAACCACUUCAGAAGCACACUGUGGUUUGUUUAAGAUGCCUCUUCCCUUCUAAGAUGUUGGUGUGGAGCGAUAUCACCAGGUUGUUGUAUGAUGAUUUGAUAAGGUGGGGGGUGGUUUGUUGUUUUGCUCUUUCAAAUCUUGAAAUGAUUUGCUGAAAGCACUUUCGUCUCCUGAAAUUCUGUAGCAUGGUCUCUGCAUGUCUCCUCAGAAGUAAAUCCCAGUGAAUACAGUGGGACUUACUCCAAGCUAAAAGAGUAUAGGUUUGCAGCUUAAAAUGCAGGCUUUGAAAAGCAACACACACACACACACACACACACGAAGUUUGCUAGUUGAGAAUAUUUAUAAUUCACUUUGGCUGCUUGGUUUACUUGAGUAUGCUUUUGAGAAAACCUCCCCUUUCCUACCCAAUAAGAAAACGUCUUAAUGGUCUUCAUCGUCUUAAUCGUCUGUUAUGACAAUAAACGGCAACCACUGUUUUGGGAAUAGGUGAGGGAGAGAACAGACUUUCCCUUGUAAUAUCAACCUCAAAGGAAGAGCCUAAAAUCUGGUCUCAUUUUUAUUAUGGAGAAGACUCCCUUUCUGGUGCAGCCUUGCACUUGAUGAAUCACAUCCCAUAAAGAAGAAGCCCCGCACAUGCAAGCAAGAUUUUUUCCAUUAUCAGCAGUGUCCAGUGCUAUAGUGGGCUCUGUAUACUUGGAGCUCCAAAUCACACUCAGUAAGUUUUUAAGUCCUCAUGCCAACAGAGUGUGUUGAAAUAACCUUUCGAAACUGGCAGGGCACAUCCAGUCCCCUGCCUCAGUUUCUUCCAGCUCCUGCCACUCCCUGUGCCAGGUUUACAAGUCCCAGGCGGGGCCCUCUCCUGCAUGUCUUUCAGCCUUGACUGCUGCCUGAGCAGCUGUGCUUUGCGCUGAGAGGGAGCCCAGCAACAUCUCGGGGAGCUGAACUCUCCUAGGCCAAAUAGAGAGAAUCACAGCAAUAAUUGGUCAAGCGGAGAUGAGUCUCUUUGACUGACUCGUUGUUGGUUCUGGUGAAUGGAGCUUCGUAGCUCACCUGUGCCUCACUGCAUCCAAUUUCAUCUCACUUAAGGAUGCUUUCAGGGCAUGGGGAGUCAUGCUCUGCAAUGUGCGCUUGCGCAAACAAGCACUGGAGUUUGUGUAGAACUUAAGGCCAUAAAGCAUUCUGUUGAUCAGUGUGAAGAUAAUUCAGUUUUUUGCAGGUGGGGCAUUGACCAUUCAUAGUCCAUAGAUGUUUGACUCAAAGCAAGACCUUCCUUCAUAAUUUUUGUUCAGUGUGUACUGAGACUUUCAGAAAUGUGUACCGCUUCUUCUGGGCUUUUUAUUGCAGACAGCCCAAGUGCAGCAGGAAUGCCAACUGAGAUGAGACUCGGUUGGAAUACUUGUUUGGCUGCCCCAACCCAGCCACAUCCCAAGCUAUAAUGUGGCACCACCCUCUUCCUCUUUUCUCAAAGCUCCAAACUGUUGAGAGGCUUCAAGAAUAUAUAUAUAUAGAGAGAGAGAGAGAGAGAGAGAGAGAGCGUGUUUUGCCCUUUAUUGGAAAUACACAUCUUAUGUGCCAUAGUGAGAGACCUUGUGUGUUCCCUCUGGGACCUUGCAGCGUUAUCUGCCACUCAAAAGCUGGAAUGGUAGGAGUUGAGGGUGUGAUUCUUACAACUGUUAAGAUUCCAUGUCUCUUCUUUUUGUUUUGUUCUGAAAGAUGUGCAUGUCCUAAGUUUACAUAGGUGUACCCUUCCCACAAGACAGGGUGUGUGUAGUACAAAACACUGAGUACAAAAAGCAAAGCAAGGCUUCGCCCCUUACUGUGUCUGCCUUCGUUUGGUAGCCCCCUUAGCUUGGAAGGAGGUGAUGCACUUAGCACCUGCCCAGCCCAACCUCCAGCUUCCUUUUUAUGUAUCCUACUUGACUUCAUUUUCAGGACUGUUGCUUUAACCAGGGUAGUCACCAUCUUGGACUGCCCUUCAACUGAAUCUAAAGAGUGGUACCAGGCAAGCUUUUCAUUACCCUUCUUUCAUUUCAGAUGUGCUUUUCUGCCUAAGAGACAAUGGGUGUAUUAUCAAUAUGGACUGAAAAUUUGCACUUUGAUUCUGUUGGAAGUAUUUUUUUGUGUCUGGAUUAUGAAGUGGGUUUAGUUGAAUAAAGUGUUAAGUUAAUAAAACGUUCUCCUUG